AUGUCAAGCUUGCAAGAUUCUUUACGACAUGUUCUACCUAGGUCAAUUGAAUUUCACUUAUUGCAUUUACUGAGCCCAUCAAGGGAGACCCAUCAAGUAGUGCUGGAAAGAUAUCCAGGUUAUGGCUCUCAGCGCGUUGUUAAAGCGCAGCAUUUCUUCGCCCUAGCCUGUGAGAGUAAGGUUUUCUACGCCCUUGAAAUCUACGUCUAUAUCACUCUUCAUAAUGGUGAAGCAUGCGAUAAACUGGUUUUCGUCUCGAAGGCUGACACCAAUGGAUACUGCGACCGCGCAGUCUCCAUAAAGGAUGUCACCAGGGUGCUUCUCGAGUUUGUAACCUCCAUAAGUCCUUUAGAAUAUCUAAACCGAGUCAUAGGGCUUCCAGCUUCGCGUGAAGCUAAUUGUGAUGCGAUUACGCACCACACUACAACGAAAAGAGCCCUUCGCAUUCUGAAGAGCAGGCACGAGCACCACGAAGCUUACAGACCACCACUUGAGGAUCCUUACAUUCAUUUUAAUAAGAUCUCGCCGCAGUGGACCUGUAAACUUAGCCUAUUCACAAGAUCCGAGCCUCAAUAUCUAUUCGCCGAAUCAUCUCAAAAUGGGAACAAACAUGUCUUGCCCGGAGAUAAACUCCUCAAAUGGUGGCUUUCAGUGGUAGACAGCAUUGUAACAAGUAGCUUCGACACUGACACAAACGCUCGGCUUCAAAUUCCGGGUGAAGAAGCAGCUGUGACGGCCAAACACAUCCGAGAGCUGAAUGGCCCAGAUUGGCAGAUAGGCGAUAUAUUCAACGGAGUCCCUGAGGAUUUGGCUAUUUUUAAAAUCCCUGUAUUCCCUGAUGAUCCUAAAGGUCGCUUUCUCGAGCAACUAGUAGAUGAGGGCAGAGCGAGAAAGGUUCAGCUGUCUCAAUUCUGGGUCGAGCUUCAGGUUCAGCAAGAAUUCAGACUCGGAGAUACAGUUUCCGUCAUAGGUGUUGCCGGAAAAUUGAGGCCAUUAAUUAGCCAAGUGGUGGCCGAUACCGAAGUUGUGCUUACGAGUAGUAGAAAAAUGUUCAACAUGAUAAAAAGCUACGUCACAGGAGAAGAAUACGAUAAGGAAGAUGGAGCCUUGGAUGCAUACGCCAAUGUCAGAGACUUCUUGCAUUUACGAUUGAAUAGAUCGUACGUGAGGAUUAUAGGUACGAAAGCACCGAAACAAACCGGCAAGAUCUUUUCAAACUCGGACAUUUCCCAUACUUCAGCGUCAGCACCGAAGCCCCAAGUGCGCAUACAGACACUAAACACCUCGAUUGUUCGUAAGAAGCCUAAGACUACCUGA